AUGCCUACCAUUGCGUUCGGUACCGGAUCCAAGUGGAAGGACCAGGUAAGCAGCAGCUCACAUCUGUAUGUAUUCACGGCGCACCGGCUUUCGCACAUUGAUACGGCACAAUAUUAUGCUAAUGAGGAAAGUGUCGCGACUGCAAUUCGGCGGAGCGGCCUUGACCGCUCCAAAUUAUUUGUUGCUACGAAGUGGUCUGGACAAGCUGGUGUACGUGAAUCGCUCGAGGCGAGUCUGUCAAAGCUUGAGCUAAAGCAGAUCGACUUGUAUCUCAUUCACAGCCCUGACAUUGUCCACAAUAUGGCAGAGGACGGGCGGGAAUUCAAGCGUGCCAAGCAGGAUGAUCUCGCGAAGACUAUCGGCGUUAGCAAUUUUAAGCUGGAGCAACUGCAGCAGCUCAUGAAGAUAGCCAAGAUCAAGCCUGUCGCUAAUCAGAUCUUGUUCCAUCCCUACAAUUACGCUCAGAACAAGGAACCGCUCGACUACUGCGCCUCGCACGGUGUGGUCGUGGAAGCAUACAGCAGCCUCACACCCAUCACGAAAUACCCUGGUGGCCCCGUCGACAAGCCUGUCCAAGCUGCCGCCGAUAGGUUAGGUGCCACGCCCACGCAGGUGAUUCUCUCAUGGGUGAGGAGCAAGCGCGUCGUGAUUGUGACGACAAGCUCGAACCCUGAACACAUGCGAGAAUAUCUCGCAGUCGGAGACCUCCCCCCACUGACGGAGGAAGAGAUCGAGGUGGCAAUCGAUGCCGCUGACAUGAAUGGGUUCCUCUAAGAUUGCCAUUUUGUCGCAUCGCGGCGCUCACGCCUCACUUAUCAAUAUCAGUAACAUCGCGCGUCUCGGCACUUGGACGCUUCUUUCGCACGAUUUGGCUUAUCCUUCCGUUGUUGUUUUUCUGAUGGAUCCUCAACAGAGGCUAGGUAUGACCACUUGGUGCAAGCUCAAUCUUUCGCAGCGAAAGUUGGUAUGGU